AGAGGCCGCCCUUCCACGGUUUGGGUUCUUUUCUUGCCUUACGUGUGACUUGGUAUCAAGCCUCCUCUCCCAGCGUAGGCUGCAUGAGAGGGGCGCGGACAUCCGCAGCCCUGCUCGGCGGAGGGGCCGCUCUGCUCCUGUCGCUUCUGUGGAUGCCCGCGCUGCUGCCUGCGGCCUCCCGCCUUCUGUCGCUACCCAGAGCCCUGCUGUCCAUGGCGUCUGGAAGCCCCCCGACUCAGCCCUGCCCAACCUCGGGCUCCGGCUACAUCCCAGGAUCUGUGUCCGCAGCCUUUGUCACUUGCCCCAACGAGAAGGUCGCCAAGGAGAUCGCCAGGGCUGUGGUGGAGAAGCAUCUAGCAGCCUGCGUCAAUCUCAUCCCUCAGAUCACGUCCAUCUAUGAGUGGAAAGGAAAGAUCGAGGAAGACAGUGAAGUGCUGAUGAUGAUUAAAACUCAAAGUUCCUUGGUCCCAGCUUUGACAGAUUUUGUCCGUUCUGUGCACCCUUAUGAAGUGGCGGAGGUGAUCGCGUUGCCUGUGGAGCAGGGGAACCCCCCAUACCUGCAGUGGGUGUGCCAGGUCACCAAGUCUCUUUCUAGCUCCAGCACGGUUGUGCCGUGAUGCACUGGCUGGGGCCAACCCCUCCCACUCGGUGCCCUAGUCUUUUGGGUGAUCACUGAGCCCCCAAUAAAUCCAUCUUUGUUUUUUUCUGCU